CGUAAAACUUUUGCGUAUAUCCUCGUUAUUCCGACCACGUUGCAGUUCGGGUUGAUUGCGCAGGCGGGAAUAUUAUUUGCAAGGUUGUGUGUCGCAUUUGUACCUUGUAGUCAUACUUACUUCUUCCAACAUUUUCACAGCAAAUUAGAUCUAAUCGCAUUCUUUUUCGAGAAAAUUGCCACUCGUCGACCGAUACAUGAGAACAUAUUUCUUGAUAUUUUAUGCGGAGCGGAAAAAAUCCGCGGUGCGUCCUACGUGCUGCGAAGUUUCGCUGGUUGAAGGUAAGGUUAGGUGACGUUGCAGCGCUGAAGAUGGCCGAAAAUGUCGCGCGUCAGUCCGAUAUGUUCGCGAGGAGAGAAACGCCGCCGUAAAUAUGUGCGCGUGAGACAGUGCGAGACGUUCGGUUCGUCUUAUUCAGUGGAAAUCCGCAUUUACGAUGUCGGAUGAGUCCGAGUAUGACGUGGAGCCGGAGGAGUUCGAUAUCUACAAGAGGAAAUAUCAAUUGCUGUUGGAAAGAUGCGAGAUUUUACAACAGGAGAACGAACGAUUGGUCUAUAGAAUUCAGAAAGUGAGAAAGCUCCUGCGAUAUACGAGGAAGGAGAAAAAGUUAGUGUUUUCUAGAUUUUUGAUCGAUCGAUUGGACCAACAUGGAGAUCGUUGGCGCGAAGCACCGAUGGGGGUACUCGAGGAGAAUAGCGUGUUUCAAACAACCCCAAAACCGGAGAGAGGGGGCAAAGGUGCUUCUCACAAUGCCAAAGAGGAGAAACCCAAGAAGGGAGCCAAGAGGAAAGGCGCGAAAGCUGACCCGAAUGCGCCGAAACGCCCUGCCAAUCCAUUCUUCCAGUUUUGUCAAGAACAAAGACCUCGCGUGAUGGAACGUUUGGCUGGAGAACCGGAACCUAGUAAACAGGAAUUAACCAGGCAACUCGCAACCACAUGGAAAUCUCUCAGUUCUGAGGACAAGAAGGUGUAUUACGAUAUGUACGAAAGAUCCAAAGAGAAGUACGUUGCUGAGAUGCAAAUAUACAAUAAAAAAACCGAAGAUGCACCGUGUCAAGUGCCGUUAAAUAUCACAUAAUAUUACAUACGUGACAAU